GGAGAGGAGAAGGAGGUGAUGGCGACCUGGGGAGGGGGAGACCGCUCCGUCUGGCAGGCGCCACCCGGGCUGGGGUCACCUUUUCAGGUGGCUUAACGGCUCUGGAGUGGACGUGUACCCCCGGCUCUUCGCCGUGUUCGGGACCCAGACCCUCCCCUCCCCAGAGAACCUGGACACAGCUUACCUUCCUCAUCUAUAACGAGCGUGCGGCGAGGGGAUUGAGGGCAGGAUGGAGGGCGGGGAUGACUUCCUUUUUUAAAGAACGGAAACCUGGCACGGUUUCUAGGGAGGAAUGUGUGUCCCUCCUUGUCCCCUUUGCUCCCUGCAGCAGGCUAGAACCCCCUCAGGCCCCGGUCUGUGGACUCAGGAGUGAGGCCACUUCCAGGAGGGCCUUUUAGACUAGUGAGGGGCCUCUGGAGAACUGGCAGUCGCCUGGGUUCCCAAGACUGCUUUUGAGUGAAGAGCUACUUCCGGGUUCUGCGUUAGAUAAAGUACUUAGGGUCUUCUGCUGUCCAUCUGCUUUGCGGUGCAAGGUGAUCGUUCUUGCCAGGUUAUUAAAUUUAUGUCAUAAUCUUCCACUAAAAGUUAUGCAGAUUCUCCAGUCUUUGCAGCUUAGUUUUCUCCCCCGCCUUUUUAUUUUUCUUUUAAAGAAAUACUGAAAGGAGGUGGAAUGCUUUGGUGUGCUGACAGUGGGUUUUUUUAGUGUCGGGCAUAUGCAUUUCUUCUAAGUUAGGGUCUCACAUGUCGAUGUCGAGGGUAGAUUUUUGGAUUCACGUUUUCCUAAGUGAUUUGGGACAGUUUGGGCCUUGGAAGAGAGAGAUACGGCAGCAUUUGAAAAUAAUUUGGAUGAGUGUUAUUUGUACUUAAUUUCUUUAUAUUAAAUCCAAAGCUUAGAUUUAUCCCUUGGAAAAAAAUAGAGUAACUGUCAAAAAUGAGUACCCUGUUUGAUCUUCAUGUAGUGAAGUGUGUACAAAGAAAUGAGCCCCCCUUUUUUUUGUUGUUUUAUAACCAUAACCCAUAGGUGAAGAAUUAAUAGAGUCCAGUUAACGUAGAUACAAUGGCAAGAUUAUUUUAUUUGUAACAACAAGUAUGACAAAAUACAGAGUGAAGUAUGUUCAGGUUAUUUACACUGUACUGUAAUUUCCUCAUAUUCUACCCUUUAGUAGUGGGAGAUUUUUCUUCUAAAGACUGGAAAAGAACUAGAUUAAGAAAUGAACUGAAAGAUUUUUAACUUAAGUCGGUCAUUGCAAACCAAUGUAAUUACCAGUUAUUUAUAAUUUUUAGAUGUCAGUAUAUACUGAAAAUGCUGCCUUUUCCCAUUUUAGCAGUUGCUUUGUACCAACAAGUAACUAAAGUUAAAUAUAUGUGUUGACUUUAAGAACAGAAGAGGCCCCAGGCAGUGAUUCACACCUGUGGGGUUUUUUGUUCUUAGUUUAAGGGUUACUGUGAAUGUCUAAAGCAGAGCAAAAUGUUGAUCAUUUAGUUUGAAAACAGGUUUAAUUCUAUGCUGGAUUUUAUUUUUCCUGCAUCGAAAGGACAUUGGCCUAGGUUCUGUGGAUAUUGAUUGAUAUCCAUCAUUAAUGUCUGAAACGGAAGGUUUCACACAUUAGGAUCACAGUUAUUGGGUAUCAGAGUUUACAGUGUCUUCCUUCAUCAGUCAUGUGAUCUGACCAGUGAUGUUCUGAUUAAUAAAACUGCAUUCUAAAUGCAAAGCUUGCAAGGCAGAUUUUCUGGAACUGGUACCUCAAGUAAGCAAAAGAAAUGAAUUUAUUUCCAUGUUCAUUUCAGAUGCUUUGUGGGAAAUUUCAGUGGAGAUGUCAAUAUUUUGGCACAGAUGUCCAAGAAGUGACAGUGCUGAAGGGAUUUAACUCUACAUGUCUGGCACAGAUCUGCGGCUCCUAAGAUUGCCAAUAGAUCAUUUGAAGCAUGAUUUAUAAAGAAAGUCAGAUCUCAAGGGUGUGCUGCAAGAUGUCUUAAGUCUUAACUCAGAGAUGGCAGUGAUUGAAACAUAGUGUGGGAAGGAAGAACAAUAUAUAAAGAAGAAGAAACAGCUGUAUUGAGGUAUAAUUUUUAUACAAAAAAAACUACACAUGUUUAACAUAACACAAUUUGAUGAGUUGGGACAUAUGCAUAUACCUAUGAUACCAUCACCUAAUAAUCAAGGACUUGGCUCAGCAAGCAAAAGAAACACUGAACAAAGGAGAGGAAACCAACAAAGAUAAAUUUGGAAGCACUGAAUGCAGCAAAACAAGAACAAUGGAUCUCAAGUUCAACAGUUCCAGGAAAUAUAUUUCUAUAACUGUCCCUCCCAAAACACAGACAAUGUCACCACACAUCAAGUCAAUAGAUGAUGUUGUAGUGCUUGGCAUAAAUCUCAGCAGAUUUAACAAACUUACUCAGUUUUUCAUAUGUGUUGCUGGAGUUUUUGUAUUUUACCUAAUUUAUGGAUAUUUACAGGAAUUAAUAUUUUCAGUGGAGGGUUUUAAGUCCUUUGGCUGGUACUUAACUUUAGUACAGUUUGCAUUUUACUCCAUAUUUGGCCUAAUAGAACUUCAGCUUAUUCAGGACAAAAGGAGAAGAAUACCAGGAAAAACCUACAUGAUAAUAGCUUUUCUAACUGUGGGUACUAUGGGGUUAUCAAAUACUUCCUUGGGCUACCUGAAUUAUCCCACCCAAGUCAUCUUCAAGUGCUGCAAAUUGAUUCCUGUUAUGCUAGGAGGAGUUUUUAUUCAAGGGAAGCGUUACAACAUUGCAGAUGUGUCUGCUGCCAUAUGUAUGAGCCUUGGCCUGAUAUGGUUCACCCUAGCUGACAGCACGGUUGCACCAAAUUUCAACCUGACCGGUGUGAUCCUUAUUUCCCUGGCACUGUGUGCGGACGCCGUCAUUGGGAACGUUCAAGAGAAAGCCAUGAAACUGCACAAUGCUUCCAACUCAGAAAUGGUUUUGUAUUCGUAUUCCAUCGGUUUUGUAUACAUUUUACUGGGAUUGACAUGCACUAGUGGAUUAGGCCCUGCAGUAACAUUUUGUUCAAAGAAUCCAAUUCAGACCUAUGGUUAUGCUUUCCUUUUUUCCCUCACUGGGUAUUUUGGAAUCUCCUUUGUUCUGGCUUUGAUUAAAAUUUUCGGUGCACUUCUUGCUGUAACAGUGACAACCGGAAGAAAAGCAAUGACUAUCGUACUUUCAUUUAUGUUCUUCUCCAAACCAUUCACAUUUCAGUAUGUCUGGUCUGGUUUGUUAGUUGUCCUUGGUAUAUUUCUCAAUGUUUACAGCAAAAAUAUGGAUAAACUAAGACUACCAGCACUAUAUGAUCUGAUAAACAAAAUAGUGGAAAUGAGAAAGUCAAGGACGUUGGCACAAACCGUAUAGUGAGUGAUUCAUCCUGUUUAAAACAGAACUCUAAGGGAGUAAUCAUCAAGUAAUUAACUUUCCAAAGGGAUUAUUAGAAAAACCAAAGGAUCUGAAGGCAUGCUACCCAUUUGUGGAUGGGUCACCUACGAAGUCAGCCUUUUCUUCAGGAUACUUGUUUAACCGUUUGACUUCUGAAGCAAUCAAGAGAGCCACAUCUGGCACGCCUUAGAAUCAAAUGUCAGUGCGAAGGACUGACAUUUCUUAGCAACCUGUUGAGAAUUGCACUGGAAAUGGACCAUGUUGCAAAACUAAUUGGAUAUCAUUAUGACAUAUCAAAGAAAUUGAUAUAAUAAUAUCAAUUAAUAGAUUGUUUUGUUUUCAUUCCAUUUUGGUGGUGUUAUUUAAAUGAUUCUCUGUUAUAAGAGUGAACUGAUGAUUUAAAGUCUAGAAAGAAUAACUUCAUUAUAAAUAAAAAUUAUUCUGUGAUUUUUUUAAAUAAA